AUCUGGGACAAAAUCAAGAUGGCGUUCAGCUAUCGAUCGAUGGUUGGCCGUGCUUUUCAAACUUAUCGCGAAAAUGGAGGCCUAAUGGCCAGUUUCUGGAAAUUGUUACGAGGAGAUGAUCCACUUAAGAUGGGAGUUCUUGUCGGCUCUGACAAAUUUGGGAAUAAAUAUUUCGAGAAUGAUAAAUAUUUUCAAGGACGUAAUCGCUGGGUGGAAUACCGAAAGGACAAGUAUUGGAACUUAGAUGCCAGCAUGGUACCACCAGAAUGGCACCGCUGGCUUCAGCAGAUGACAGAUGACCCGCCCACCAAGGUCCCUCCAACGCCCCGUAAAUUUCUGGCAGAGCACACCUACAACCAAUCAGGAACCAGCUCAUGCUACGUGCCCAGCACCACCACGCCAAAGAAGAUCCACGAAUGGGUACCUCCAGUCAAGACCAAGUGACGUGGGUUUUUCUUGGUUUAGGUUUUUUUUCAGCAUCUGUUUCAUUAAGAGCAAAUUUGAUCAACUACCGGUAGUGGCCAGUGUUGAAGUCGAGUCCAUCACAAGUCCAGUCACAAGUCCUUUCAUAUAAAGUCCAGUCACAAGUAACUGGAUGAACAAUGACAAAGGAAUGCUUUCGAAUAGCUAGUGACUUGACUUGAGGCUGAAGGACUUACGUUGUACAUGUUCGUAUGUACGAUGUGAUGGACUUGCAGGGACUUGUGAUGGACUCGACUAAAACACUGCUAGUGGUUGAUUCAUGACUUUAUCUUGUGGCUGAAUGA